CUCGCUUUCCACCCGCCAGUACCGCACGCACGCGCUCCACCGUUGCAUGGAUUACGCCGUUUCCCUGCAGCUUCAGCACAAGCUCGCCGAGCCUCCGACGCGUUUACCGCGCGACUACACACUGCAGCUACAGAUGAAGUCAACAGAAGUGGAACAGGGCCUUUUCACGGACACCUACUGCAAAGUGUGCAGUGCACAGCUCAUCUCCGAGUCUCAGAGAGUGGCACACUACGAGAGUCGAAAACAUGCGAACAAAGUGCGUCUCUACUACAUGCUUCACCCAGUGGAUGGAGGAUGUCCGGCCAAGAAACUACGGACACACAACGGCAGCGAGGAAGGAGAUGUGGACAAGAAUAAGUGCUGCACUUUGUGUAACAUGUCCUUUACCUCAGCCGUGGUUGCACAAUCGCAUUAUCAAGGCAAGAUCCACGCUAAGAGACUCAAGCUAGUGCUGGGAGAACAGCCUAACAUCAUAGGGAAAGAGGUUGCACCCAGUCCAGUUAAAAUGCCAUCUGAAAGCUGGCCACAGCUGAAUGGGGACUCAGAUCGCUACUGCCAGCUGUGCCACGCGUGGUUCAACAACCCGGGCAUGGCACGACAACAUUACGAUGGCAAGAAGCACAAGAAGAAUGCAGCACGUGCCGACCUGCUGGAGCAGUUAGGCAAGACACUGGACAUGGGCGAAAUGAAAGGUCUGAAGCGUAGCUACACUUGCGACGUGUGCAGCGUCACGCUCAACUCCGUGGCACAGUACCACGCACACCUGCAGGGCUCCAAACACCAAAACAACUUAAAGAAUCAGUUAUGUGUCCAGUAAAGCGGCGCAGGAAGCUAACUGUCAGAUUGAUUGAUGUCACACGGGCUUUGAUUAGCUCGCCCAGAAUCUCUGCCACUUCCCUUUGUCUGUUACUUUUUCCAUGUCUGCAUUUUGAAGUCGCUGUCUGUCCAUCCAAACCAGGAAGACCAAUAUUUAUUUAUUUAUUUAUUUAUUUAUUUAUUUAUGACUAUAAGAAUGUCAUUAUACCCACUGCUUAAAAAAUACUUCACAUUUUAUUUCGACAAACAGAUUGCAUUUUUCAUGUCAUGUUUGUAGGAUUAUUUACAGAACCGUAUCUUCUCUCUCAUCCUGUAUGUUUGCGGGUUUAACAAAUUCGACUUUCAUUGCGUUCUGUCAGCCAGGUGUUGCGAUGAUGCAUGAACAUUUUUUUUUAACCCAGCUAAGCAAUAUGUAUUAAAAAAAUCAAAUGUAUUAUUACUGAAAUGGAUUCUGACUUAAUAGCAACACUGAAAGAGAAAUAUGGCAAAUAGUACUUUAAAGCCAGAUAUACGUGCAUCUCACUUUGUACAACAAGGGCAUUGUGGGUAAUCUGUUAGGAGAUAUGGCCAUAUCAUCAGGGUUUGAAAUACUAAGAUGUCACUAGUACUUUGGUUUAAAUUGACAAGUGCAACACAGUGUCUUCCUCAUUUUACCCCAAAUAUAGUGGAUCAACCAAAAUUUGAUGUCAGAUGUUUGCAUUAUUAGUUUUGACCUGGAGCUGCGAGGCUAAUGAGUAUGAAAUAUUCAAGCCUCCAGUUUAGCAUCACUUACCUGCAUGCCCAAGCAGACAAGAACAAACCAUGUUAAUCGACUAUAUUUGAGCUAAUGAAGACAUGUGUGUAAAUAUUUAAAUAUUGAAAUCCAUCCUAGUUUUAAUAACAAUGUGUUUGUGUGUUCUUUGUAAUAUAUACACUCACAAAUGUAUGUGUGUGUGUAUAUAUCUCCAUUUUCUUUUAAUAUAUACAGUAUAUAUUACAUUUUAAGUGUGGCCAUAGAAUUCUUAUAGGUAUAAAUCUAAGAUAGAAUUAUAAUAAGACUUGCAUUGUCAUUUUAUAAUAAAUUAAUUAAAUUAUUUGAUAUUAGGAAGAAAUACCAUUUAUUUUUAUUGUCAUUAAUGACUUACUGUGUAUGUUUGAAAGUCAUUUUAUGUUUCGUAGGUGUCUGGAUAUUUGAUUGUUUUUUGUUUUUUAUUAUUAACAAUAGAUGCAUUAUAUAAUAUUAAAAAGACUGAUUUGCAUUUUUAAAGACAAAGUUCAGCAGGGAAAAAAUAGACAAUUUCUCUGUCUUUACUUUCCUAUCUGAGUUAUGAGGUUAAUGUCGAGUACUUAGCCAGAAUGACAUUGAAAAGCUGACACAUUAUGUUAUCUGAAUUUUUACAAUGUAUCUAUGAGGCUAAUGUAGCUAGUUUACAAACAUCUGUAAAUUUACAAAUGGCUUUAUGAAGCUUUGAAAUACAGCUUUACAGUUCUGCAGUUCUAAACCACAUCAGCAAGUCUAAAUGACCAGAUGUUUUUGGAAAUGUUGGUACUUGCUAGCUACAUUUGCAAAUAGCUCAAGAAGAAAUCCAUACACCAAAAAUAAAUCGGCUUAUUCAUUACAAUCUGUAUGGGAAAUUGUGUAAAUUUGUUUUUGUUUUGUUUUUUCUGAACUUUUUGAUUGAUCUCCUUAAUGUUUGAAAAAAAAACUUGAAUUACAUUUGAUAAUAACGAUGCCAAUUCUGUGCACGAACAAGUCAGCAUAAAUGUUCUCAAGGUCUGAGUAAUUGGGUUUUCUCAUUGUUGCACUGAAGCUGUGUGAAUGGUGGUGUGUUCCCUUAUAGAGAACAACCUUCAGUUCUACCUGAACACACUCCUUUUUUGUGCUAUUGAUCAUGCGAUCGACUGUAAAUACUGAAUAAAAGACGCUUGCAGCCCUCUUAAGUGGUCUAAAUGUUUUCAAAGUC